AUGGAUUUGAAACAGAUUAGUCCGCAGGACAAACUCAAAAUCAAGCAAUUUUUUCAACAGCAUGAUGCUCAUGAAUACGUAAAAUCAUUUAUGGCAGAUACUUUUGGUGAUGGAUCUCAAAAACCACGAAGAUCAAAUUUAUCUGCAAGCAAAGUAUCAGUAGAAUCUCAAUCAAACGAUAUACAAGUAACAGAACCUUCAUUACUCGUUGAAUUGAAAGAUGGUGCGGCAUUUGACGAAUUUCAUAAGUCUGCAAUUAAAACAACAAUACAAAUAACAAUCGAUUUAUUAGGAAAAUUAUACGUUAUUGGUAAUAUUAAAGCAUGCCAGUGCCCAAAUAUUGGUCACAAAAUCUUAAUUCCUCUAAAAUCUCAAAUAGAAACACUUAUUACUGACCCGAGACCUAUGAGAAUAUGCAUUUCUACAACUUCCCCAGAUCUUUCAUUUGUAGGACUAAAUACUUACAACUGGAGAAAAGUAUUCUCUGAAGGAAAAACUUCUGCAUCAAUUGAAAUCAUUGGAUUGCAAAAUGAAAUAGUUGGUGUUCUUCAUUUUAAUUUUAGCUUACUUGGAUAUCCAGAAGGCAUGAAUUACUCUAAGUAUAAGCAGCUUUUAGACCUUCAGAUCAGACAAGAAACUUUAGACAAAAUUGAAGCAGAAAGACAGUAUGCUGUCAAGCUGAAAAUCUGGUGGAGAGAGCUCCAACAGCUAAUUGAAGUCAAAUCAUUCAAUAUUGUUGCAAAUGAACUUGGUGACAAUGCAUCAAAGAUAUUUGAUUUCAUCACUCCCUUUUAUGAGCGUUCAUUGCUAACACCUGGACACUGUUUAAGAUUUGCUUAUUUGAUGUCGCCUAUUAUUGCUCCAGCAACGCCUUCUUUUCUUCCAAUUUGGGCUGUAAUUUCAUCAAGAUGCGGCGGUGAAAGAGAAAAGCUCAAUUUAUUGGUAUCACUUCUUCGUGGAUUUGGAUUCAAUGCAUAUGUUGCUGUUGGCCAACCUAAAUGCUUUGCUGUUGCAUUUUCAACAGCUUUGAUUUUCUUUGAUGUUAUGACUGGAAAGUUUGGAGACAAGCCUCCAGUAAAAUGCCAAACAGUUUCUUAUUUAUAUAAUGAAUCUUCACUUUAUGCAAACUUAAAUCCAAAGGAUAAUAUCAGCCAACUUCAAUGGGAUGUAAAGAACCCACUUAGAUGGAAAUACCUUGAGGCACCACCAAAAUCUGGUGAUAAAUUUGCUCCAUCAAUAUCAGACGAUGUUGGAGAACCUAUCAAGGAAGAAGAAAUUGAGCUUAAAGUUAAGAAGAUAAUAGAAAUUCAUAGAAACUCAAUUGGCCUCCUGACUAAAUGGAAUACAGAACUUCCUCAAGUUUUGUUGCCAAAAGUUGAUUCGUAUGAAAGAGAAAAAGUUACAGGUCAAUCUCUUGCUGUUGAUUCGCUGGCAAAAGAUGCAAUAAGCAUGAAGAUGAAACCUUAUCAUUCACUUAGGGCGGCACCAGCUCUUACUAAUUCUACAAGCCCAGAAGCGAUAUUCUCAGCAAUAGUCAAAUCAAAAUGUGGUGCUGAACUUCUCAGCGCUCGUGAUAAUGAAGCAUCGUUCGUCGUAAUAAUUCGCUGUACAAAAUAUCCAAAUGGCCUUGUUGCUACUUGGGCUCUCUUAGCAAUUGAUUCUGUAAGUCCUCCAAUGGUUGCCAAGAAAUAA